UUCUACCUCUUUACCCAGUUCAAUCCCUCAAUUUCCGGUCCCCCGCUCUCUCUCUCUCUGUCUCGAACCUCUUGCACGCGUCACCAUGGUUGCAGGGGCCGAGAUAGUGCAGAAUGGCUCGCACUCGCAGAUCAAAGUCCUUCCAUGCAGCAUGUGCGAGGAGGAUCCUUUGAACUGGGCCAAGGUGGCCAAGGAGCUCCAAGGUUCGCACUAUGAAGAAGUGAAGUGCAUGAUCGAUCGAUUCAGUCGAACCAACUCAGUCAACUUGCAAGGUCAGAACCUCCAAGUCGCAGACGUCGUCGCCGUCGCUCGUCGCCAAGCCGACGUCGAAGUCCGACUCGACGCCGACACUGCCAAGUUCCGGGUGCAAGAGAGCGCUGCCUGGGUCUCGGCUCAGUCCUGCAAAGGUACCGACACUUAUGGCGUCACAACCGGUUUCGGCGCCACCUCGCACCGCCGGACGAACCAAGGGGUUGAUCUUCAGCGGGAGCUUAUCAGAUUCUUAAACGCCGGCGUCAUUGCCGGAGACGGAAAUGAGCUCCCCGGCGAUGUUGCCCGAGCAGCCAUGCUUGUACGUACCAACACUCUUCUUCAAGGCUACUCGGGCAUCAGAUGGGACAUACUUAGUACCGUCAAGGACCUCCUCAACGCUGGCCUGACACCGUUACUCCCCCUCCGCGGCACAAUCACAGCCUCCGGCGACCUCGUCCCGUUGUCCUACAUUGCAGGAGUAAUCACCGGGCGUCCCAACUCCAAGGUCCGUACAUGCACAGGCGAGCUGAUCUCCGGAGCGGAAGCUCUCCGGCGCGUGGGAGUGGAGAAGCCAUUCGAGUUACAACCAAAGGAGGGGUUAGCCAUAGUCAACGGAACCGCAGUGGGAGCAGCGCUGGGGGCUAUCGUGUGUUACGACGCUAACGUCCUGGCGGUGGCGUCUGAGAUCGCAUCGGCGAUGUUCUGCGAAGUGAUGCUGGGGAAGCCGGAGUUCACGGAUCCGUUGACUCACCGGCUGAAGCACCAUCCGGGUCAGAUGGAGGCGGCGGCAAUGAUGGAGUACGUUCUCGCCGGAAGCGGCUUAGUUAAGAAUGCGGCAAAGCUUCACGAAUACAAUCCCUUGCAGAAGCCGAAACAAGACCGAUAUGCUCUUCGUACUUCUCCCCAGUGGCUGGGCCCACAGAUCGAGGUGAUUAGAGUGGCCACCCACAUGAUUCAACGUGAAAUAAACUCAGUGAAUGACAACCCGGUUAUUGAUGUGGCCCGAGACAAAGCCCUCCACGGUGGCAACUUCCAGGGGACCCCAGUCGGUGUAGCGAUGGACAAUCUACGUCUAGCCGUGGCGGCGAUCGGAAAGCUGAUGUUCGCGCAAUUCUCUGAGCUAGUGAACGACUACUACAACGGAGGCCUGCCUUCCAACCUCAGCGGCGGACCCGACCCCAGCCUGGACUACGGAUUCAAGGGUGCUGAGAUUGCCAUGGCAUCAUACACGUCAGAGCUUCAGUAUUUGGCAAACCCAGUCACAACCCAUGUACAGAGUGCCGAGCAACACAACCAGGAUGUUAACUCUCUCGGCUUGGUAUCCGCCCGGAAGUCGGCGGAGGCUAUCCACAUCCUCAAGUUGAUGACUGCAACCUACCUGGCCGCGCUCUGCCAAGCCAUUGAUCUCCGCCAUCUUGAGGAGAAUCUCCGCCAGACCGUCAAAUCCGUUGUUGCACAGGUAGCAAAGAAGACCCUAAGCACAGGACCCAACGGUGAGCCGCUCCCUGGCCGAUUUGUUGAGAAAGACCUGCUCCAAGUAGUGGAGAGCGAACCAGUAUUUGCCUAUGUGGACGACCCUUGCCGUGUCGACUACCCUCUCAUGCAGAAGCUCCGGCAUGUCCUCGUUGAACACUCACUACAGAGCUCGCAUACAGAGGCGGAGCUGUCGCCCAAAUCUGGUGUCUUCGGACGGAUAAAGAUGUUCGAAUCCGAGCUCAAAGCGCAGCUCAAUGCCCAAGUUAAAAUUGCGCGUGCCAAAUAUGAUAACGGAACCCCACAGGUUCCCAACAGGAUCGCCGAUUGCCGGUCGUAUCCGGUCUACAAGUUUGUCCGUACAGAGCUUGGUACUCAGCUGCUUAGUGGCACCAGAAAAGUGUCUCCUGGGGAACAAAUCGAGGCCGUCCAUGCGGCUAUCUGCGAUGGCAAACUGGUUGCUCCAUUGAUGGAGUGCUUGAAUGGAUGGCCCCAGAGGCCUGGGCCAUUUUAAUUUGCUUUACUUUGGUGUUGCCUUCUUGUGUUUUACUUUUUCUUUCUCCUCCUCUACGGUUUGUAGGAAGAGGCGAUUCCAAAUAAAUUAUAGAUGUUGCAAAAAGGAAUAGAUGUGUGAAAAUAUAAGCCUUUUCAAGUUGCUUUAAUGAUUUUGCUCAUAACUCAAAUGGCCAGCUACACAUUUUGUACAGAGAGGAGGAACCUAUGUGGAAGACCAGAUUGGAUUA